CAAACAUCUUCUCUUCUUAUCUCUCAUCUGUUCCUCUCUCCUAGUCACCGAUUUGUCUCUCCCUCUAGGAGAGAUACAUCAUUUUCCUGCUGUUGGCCUCUCUCUGAUUUCCCUGGACCCAGUUAAGAAACAUUGAGGUUUUACGACAAGAGGGAAUUUUCAGCAAUGGAUGUCGCUACUGAAAUAAUAAAACAAGUUGUUCAGGUUCUCAUGGAUCCUGUUAAAAAGCAUCUGGGCUACAUGAUUUCCUACAGAAAAUAUGUGGUCGAGAUGCAUACGAAAAUGUACUAUUUGGAUGUUGCAAGAGCUGGCGAAAAAGAGCACUUGGACCGGAACAUAAGAAUACGUCUUAUGGUGCCUGACCAGGUUAGCCCUUGGUUGGACAAAGUACAAAAUAUUAAUGCAAAAGUGGAAAACUUUCCAACUAAAGACCUCGGUUGUCUCGAUUUCAAUAGUAGGCACAAACUUGGAAGCAAAGCCUCCAAGAUAAUCAACGAGAUAGAUAGUAUCACAACACAACUCUCUCUGAUCAAAUGGACUGAUGAGAAAAUUCCUUUGGGAAGAAUUGAUUCCACCAUGCAUCCACCUCUACACCAUCAGGUGAUCACAAUGACUUCCAGUCAAGAGUGCAUACUUUUACAGAAGCACUGAAAGCACUCAGACCCGACCACAAACCUCAUAUGGUAGCCUUAUGGGGGAUGGGCGGAGUGGGGAAGACCACUAUGAUGAAGAAGCUGAGGCAGACUGUAGUUGAAAAGAAAAUGUUCAGUUAUUUUGUUAUGGCUGUUGUAGGGGAAAAUCCGGACAUCAAUGCUAUUCAGGAAUCUAUAGCAAGUUACCUGGGUAUACAGCUAAAGGACCAAGCUAAACAGGUAAGAGUCGACGAACUUCGUCAAGGGUUUGAGGCCAAAUUAAAGGGAGGUGAAAGUAAGUUCCUCGUAAUACUGGAUGAUGUUUGGAAGCUCCACCAACAUUCGAGUGCUUCGUCUCCACCGAUGCUCAUUGAUGUUUGAUUUUUCUUCUAUUGGAAGCCUUUCGAAUCUGGCAGUGCUCAGCUUUGCUAAAUCUGGCAUUAGAUCUCUACCUUCAACAAUCAGAAAUUUGAAGAAGUUAAGGGUACUGGAUGUGACAGGUUGUGGCGGUCUUCGUAUAGAUAAUGGUGUAUUUAAAAAUUUGGUCAGACUUGAAAAGCUCUAUGCAUGCCCUUUUGAUUAUCAUGGAGAGACCAUCAACUUUAAAGGUGAUAACUGCAAUGAAGUGGUUGAACGUUGGAAAAACCUUUCUGGAAUUUGACAUCUUUGAAAAUGAUGCUCAUUGGAAGAAUCUAUCAUUUGAGAAUCUUGAACGAUCCAAGGUCUCGAUGGGAGGUUCUUUAAACGAAGAUUAUGAUUUCAUAACAAGAAAGCACUCUUUCGAAAACACGUUGAAGUUGGUAACCCAAAAAGGUGAACUAAUGGGAUCUAGAAUUAACGAGUUAUUUGAGAAAACGGUGGUGCUGUGUUUAAGUGUGGAUGAUAUGAAUGAUCUUGAAGAUGUUGAGGCGAAGUCUUCACUGCAUCCUCAGUCCUCUUCGUUCUGCAAUUUAAAAAUCCUUGUUGUUUCAGAGUGUGCAGAGUUGAGAUACUUUUUACACUCAGUGUUGCAAAAACUUUGUCAAAUCUUGAAUAUCUCAAGGUUUGUGAUUGCCCUGUUAUGAAAGAACUCAUACAUAACGGGGAUAGAGGAGAAGAGACAAUUACAUUCCCCAAGUUGAAGCUUCUAUUGUUGAGUGGGCUACCAGAGUUAUUGGAUUUGUGCCAGAAUGUCAACAUAAUUGCGCUACCACAACUCAAGGAGUUGAGAAUCAGCGGAAUUCCAAAUAUCACAAGCGUUUAUUCCAAGAAUAAGCUGGCAACAUCUUGCUCGUUAAAGGAAGAUGUUUUGGUUCCUAAGUUGAAGAAACUAUACAUUGAGCAUAUGGGUGGUUUGGAGGAGAUAUGGCCUUGUGACUUUAGGACGAGUGAGAAAGUUAAGUUGAGAGAGAUUGAAGUGGUUGAGUGUGAAAAUCUUGUGAAUAUAUUUCCAUGCAAUCCCAUGCCAUUGUUGUGUGAGCUUGAAGGGUUUAAAGUCAAGGAUUCUGGUUCCGUUGAAUCGUUGUUUAACAUCGACUUGGAUUGCAUUGGUGAGACUGGAGAAGGCGGCAACAUCAACAGUUUGAGAAACAUUGAAGUAGAGAAAUUAAGGAAGCUAAGGGAGGUGUGGAGGAUAAAAGGUGGUGAAAAUAACUCUUGUCUCCCUAUCCGUUGCUUUCAAGUUGUUGAAAGCAUAAGUAUUGAGAGUUGUAAAAGAUUUAGAAAUUUUCUCUCACCUAUUACCACCGAUUUUGAUCUCGGGGCACUUAUCUACAUGAAAAUAGAUGAUUCGGAUGGAAUCAGAAGAAAAUAUGGAUCGGUUGAAAGUAGCUCAGGGCAAGAGAAUACUUUAUUCCCAUCAUGUCUCACACACUCAUUUCAUAAUCUCCAUAAUCUUAAGUUGGGGAGAUAUCUAGGAGUAGAGGUGAUAUUUGAGAUCAAGAGUACUCCAACAAGUCAGGAUAAUCAACAACAUAUACUUCUCUACCUUGAGAAUUUGGAAAUAAGUGAUAUGGAGGGGAUGAGUCACGUGUGUAAGUGCAACUGGAAUGAAUUUAAUUCAUUCAGAAACAACAGCCAGAAUCUCCAUUUCACAACCUCGCAACCAUAGAAAUGAGAAGGUGUCAUAGCAUUAAGUACUUAUUUUCACCUCUCAUGGCAAAGCUCCUUUCCAGCCUAAAGAAAGUUGAGAUAAAAGAUUGUGAUGGUAUUGAAGAAGUGGUUUUAAAGAGAGAUGGUGAAGAACAAGAAGAAGAAAAAAAAUAACAUCUCCAUCUACAUCUACCCACACAACAAGCACCACUCUCUUCCCUCUUCUUGAUUCUCUCAAUUUAUAUGGCCUGCGAAAUCUCAAGUGUAUUGGUGGUGGUGGUGCCAAGACUGGGAACAAUGAAAUAUCUUUCAGCAGUACCAUUACAAAUACCUCCUUUCUUCAUCAAUAUAAGCUGGGGGAAACGAAAAUCCCAAAAGUUUGAAAGGCCGCCAUUGUUAUUCUCUAUCUUAUUUCCAUCGUUCUUUUCUAUCUCUCUCUCUCUCUCUCUCUCUCUCUCUCUCACUCUAAUACCCAAAAAAAACCCUAACAUCAUCACCAAUCCUCUUUUCUCCCACAACAAAAUUGCAAUAUCACCAAAUCUCUGAUCCCGUCUUUUGAACAGAUCAAACCCGCAGGGGUUCUCGAUUUCUCUAUGUUGAUGUGUGGUGACAAGAACAAAAAAAAAGAAUGUAGCGCCUCUACCUUUCAAUUUCAUUUGUUGGUUACUUCAAAUCGACUCUUGCUUUUUCUUUCACAGGGGUUUCUUUAUGCGUUCCCUUCACCUCCGUUGAUGUCGUUUUCCAAGGCCAGUCUGGAUAAGCAGUAUCAUCAGUAAGUGGAUGCUUGUGUGCUUAAUUCCUCUCAACCCUACAUCAGCCUCACAUGAUAAUGUGAUUCAUGAAACGAUGUCAUUUUCUGAUGAAAGCUGCCUUCUUGCUUGCUUCCGGUCAGCCUGACAUCACGUUGAGACGGAAGACUUGGUGGUGGGUUUUCCUUUUGGCCGGUGGAGUUUCUCCUAAUGAUGCUUUCUACUCUUACAUCCCCUUUAAUCAACACCUCUUCUUCUUUGCUGCUUACUCACCCUAAAUCAGGUAAUACCGACACCGACCUAGCGGUGAGGUUUCCUUCUUGACAGUGGUGGAGUGUUUCCCCAAAGCUAGUUGGUUUGAAGCGUCGAUGAAACGUGCCCUUUCCACCUCUACUUCCAUUUGCCGACUCAGCCUCUGUUAAUACUGUCUAUUAAUAGCUUCAGUCGCCAGCUCCUGAUGUGGGUUUCAAUGUAAUCUUUUUAUAUUGAUUUGCAUAUAUACAAAUUUCAUCUCCUUAUUUUUUUUGCUACUUCUCUCUCUAGACAACGCUUCAGGUGAGGUUUGAAUUUAAUUUAUUAUUGUAUUAUCUAUGCUUUAUGAUGCUUGCAAAUUCAAGGGUUUGCAUGUUGGUGCUUCAUAGUUGAUAUCCCUUAUUUAUUAGGUAUUGUAGGGAUUGGUCUUGAAGAGGAAUGAAAACCAGCGAUUCAUGGUUCAAUAUAUAUAUAUCUGAUGUCAUAUUGGUUCUUUGUUGGACCAAUGUCUUCUAUCUUGUUCACUAGACAAAAGGAUAAAAGUUUUGAUGCUUUCACUUUGUAAGAUGAUAUAUAUGCUAUCUGUUCUUGCAAUUACAGCAAAACGUAUUUCACUUUGUGAUUCUACUUGGUGCAAAUGUAGAAGACUAUGCCGAAUCCACUAACUGAUUCCGUUGUUCUCUAGAAAUUUGGUUAGGGUUUACUAACCCAUAUAUUGUUUUAACUGUUUUGAUUCAGUUCAUCUUUAUAUUCUAUUUGAUUAGGGGUUAUUGUUAAUAACCAAACAGUAGCCAGAGGGGGAAGAAGCAUCAGGGGAGGUAGGAGGUAACCAGAACAAAGCGACUUUAAACUGUUACGCCUUCAUGCUAACUGAAAUAUGGAAGUUUCUUGCCAAUUUGAAGAGAGAAAGAAAGUAACUAGCUUCAAUUGACAACAGGCUUCUUCUAAUCCUCGUGAAUGAUUUGAAGUUGUAUUUAAUGGUUUCGUAAUGGUUUAUUCCUACCCUCUGCCCGGGACAGCUGAUAUUUCUGGCUACCGUUCUUAGUAACAGAUUCAAUAGAAUAUUGGAUUUCCUCUAGAGGAGAAGGUCAAUAUUUGGUUAUUUUGGGCACUAGUAAGUAAAUCUGCUGUGAGGAAGGAAAUCUCUGAUGAGACUAAUCGUGAGACAGGACGAAGCAAACAGAUUUCAUCAGUUCAUAUAUAUAUCUCAGUAUCUAUUCUCCUAAUGAUAACUUUUUGUGUCCAUUAACUUUUCCCUCAUCUCACACUUUUGUGAUUCUUGAUUCUUGAAAGUAAGCUAUUUUCAUCAUUUUCUUCGUCAACUAUGGUCAGUCAACUAUUGAAAAUAUACUUAUUGAAAACAUGUGAAUGAUAUCAGGUGGGCUUACUAGGGAAUGGUAUCAGUUGUUAUUGGGGGUUAUUUUUGACAAGGGAGCUUUGUAUCUUUGGUUUCCGAGAUAAGUUCUAUGAGUUUAUUCUGGUCUAUAUACACACAUGAAUAUAUGAUUAUUUCAACUCAGCAAAACAUGUGUUAAUUUUUUUUUUAAAUUGUUUCAUACAGCUUUAUCGAAUUCAGUAACCAGUCCUCCAAAUUCCUUUUUAGUUCAAAAGAAUUCUCCUCUGUUUGGUUCCUGAUUAAUCUAUUUUAUGUUGCAGAUAACAUUAUUUGCAAUAUCAGAAGACAAUAUACAGAUACAAGAACGCAAGCAAACUUAUGGAAGCUAAAGUCUAACCACAAACAAGAAUUACAUGUUCAUACCGAACGAAUGUCUCUAGUUGUUGAAUGGCGGAGAAGAUCAGAUAUGCUGGAGAGAAUGAUGAAAGCACAUAAAAGUGCUUUCCCAGUGUGGGGAUCCGAGACUCUUGAGAAAUGAACCAAAUUUAUCAUCAAAGAUUCUCACUGAAGCAGCUGGUCAUUUCCUAAAGAAUUUAAAAAGUCAACUUCCACAAACAAGAAUCCUAGCCAUUUCUGCUUUGAACAUGAUACUAAAAGAGUCACCUUACAAAUUAUCACAUGAAGAACAAUCAGAUUUACAAGAAAACACAAAGUCUUUCCUUUAUGCUGCUUUGAUAGAACUAUAGAAGUCUCACCUCCAAUAAUGCCAUCAUAAGUUACUCCAGGAGUUACUAGAUAGAAUGAUCCAUCGCACUGCCCAUGUGGUUCCAUUGUCAAUGAAAGCUAUUGGAUGGCAAGGAGGAAGUAUACUAGCCCUUGAGACACUAAAACGUGUGGUGGUUGCUAGAAAUAGGGCAUGGGAUGUACUUGUUGCACAAGGUCUUAGGUCAGUAAUCAUGUUGUGUAUCUAAAAUCCAAUCGCCGCCAUCGAUCCAAGUCGACCUCGAUCCAGAUCAAGGUCACCGAGGGUUGUUAGUUUUAUAGGAAUGUAUAACCCAUGUUAGUAAUGUAUUAUUUUUGUUUAACAUUUGAAUGAUUAUUUUACAUGACAUUAUAAUUUGUGCAAUUUAUUUUA